UAAGUGCUUGAUCAUUGAUAUCUAAUGGUAGGGUUUCAAAUAGCAGCGUCCCCCCUCCAACCCAAAUUUGACACCGCAUCCUUCUCACUUCGUAGAAUUAAUUAUCAUAUCCCCUGCAUCAAAUCCAGCGAUAACUUUCCAGAACUGUCUCCUCAGUUCCCAUUACCAUGUCGGGAAAUCAGGCCCUCAAUACCAACAGAUAUGUUGGUCAGCAAGCCAACUUGCAGAUCACAAGACACGGCUCUGACUGGUACUACACGGUAUGCGCGAUGAUGGGGUUAACCUCUCUCAUCAUAAUGGCCCUGGCGCUCAGGAAGCCCCAAACCCACCGCUUAUUCCACUACAUAUCUGCCGCGAUCACCGCUGUGGCUAGUGUGGCCUACUUCGCUAUGGGAUCUAAUCUGGGUCAGCUCCCCAUCUUAGUCGAAUGGGCCCGUCCUGGAAGCCGCUGGGUUAGAUCCGCCGGCACUCGAGAGAUCUUUUACGCUCGCUAUAUCGAUUGGGCCAUAACCACACCACUGUUAUUACUCGACCUUCUACUCACUGCAGGUGUCAGUACACCUACCAUACUGGCGACUAUCUUCGCCGACCUAUUCAUGAUCGUCUGCGGUCUCAUUGGUGCGCUCACUUCGACAAGGUAUAAAUGGGGUUUCUAUGCUUUUGGCAUGGCGGCCCUCUUUUGGAUUGCUUACGAGCUGUUGUUUGACGCUCGUCGUCACGCGAACGUACUAGGCGGCGCUCCUAAAAAGACAUUUUGGAUAUGCACCCCUUGGCUCUUACUUCUCUGGUUCUUGUACCCGAUCGCCUGGGGCUUAUCUGAGGGUGGCAAUGUCAUUCAUCCUGAUUCCGAAGCUAUUUUCUACGGCAUUCUUGAUGUUAUGUCCAAGAUCGUGUUCACCGGUCUGCUCCUCUGGGGUCACCGCAAUAUCUCUCCCCGUGCUCUAGGUCGCAAUAUCCGCGAGCCUGACCAGACGGCAGAAAAGUAUCAACAAAAUGGUGCUGGUGCUAGCGAUGGCGAGCAUGCGGCGGCCGGCGCUGGUCAUCCUACGGCCCAUCCGUCCGCACCCGGACGUGUUGUCUAGAAUGCAAGUGGUAUCGCUACAUAAUGUCUAGCUUGUUGGAGCCCUAGUAUCAUUGUCGAAGGCUCUUUUGAGCACAUAUGUAAUUCUUC